AUGCUCUCCGCUCAAGCUGCUGGUGUAAAAGGGACGACGUCGUCGACAACAACGACGACUACGACGGGCAGGAAAAAACCGCCCGGGAUCGGUCUCAAGUCUCUGCACCUCGCUGACAUCGAAGAGCACCUGGGCGAAAGCCCGCUCAACCUGUGCUCGCCGAAUGAGGCCUCGAGUCUGAGCAGCGAGCGCCUCCGACUGGUGAUGAAGCACUCGAAGCACAAAAAGAUGAUCAAGAAGAUCAUUCCCUCGAUGCCCGCGUCGGAGCACCACCAGCUGUCCGCGUCCCUGGACGGACACUUACUUCCUUCGCAAAGUAAGCCGCUCGGAGCCGGGGGGGACUUGUUACUUUCCGCGCCCAGCAGCAGCCGCUCGGUGGUGUCGAACAGCAGCUCCAACGUGGGCGAGUUGGGCGGACGCUUUGCUCUCGGGGCGAAUGCGCUGCUGGAUUCCAGUAUGGAAAAUGACAAUUUUAGUCGGUUCAUUUCCAUUCUCUCCACGAAGCUCGAUGAGGAGGAGGAGAGCCGGCGUCGCAUCGAGGACGAGUUGUACGACAUUCAGAAGUCAGCGUUGGACAAGCGCGCAAAGGCCAAGAUCGAGGAGAUCCAGCAGAGCAGCGUGUUCCGGUCCCCGCGGUGGGUGGAGCGCAAGAUGAAGAGCAUUCGCACCCAGGCGGACCGCUUGCGGACGGACCUGGAGAGGCAGCAGGCGGAAGCAAAAGCCUCUCACGCGAAGAGGCGGCUAGAGUUCAACGACCUGGAGCAGCAAAUGAACAAGUUCCAGGCGUCGACGUCUUUGCGCAUCAAGGCGGACUCGUCGAAGCGAACUUCUUCUUCCUCCCCCGUCGGGACGACCGCGGGCAAACUCACGACCAGCUUGAGCGCCGCGGCAGCGUUGAGCUCGGCAGCUGCGGCGGCGGCCACACCGACGGAGCAGCAAGCGCCGGCCUCUACGCCGCCGGAUGAUCCACCCAAUGAGCUGCAGAUCCCGAUUACCAGCAGCUCGCCCGCGGGAUCUGUCGCCACGCACGUCGUGAUGACGCCGGGGACCGCGACGCAGCGAUCGAAGCUCAAGCCACGGACGACACAGCAGGACGACGCAAUCUCGUCCGCGUCCAGCACGUCAUCGCACUCAGAAGCGCAGAUCGAGGUCCGACUAGGUCGCUUCGUGGACCACGCGCCAGAGAAAACCGCCGACACACCAACAACGCCCGCCGGGCAGCUGCCUGUGGUAUGAUGAAGAUUGACGAAAAAAUACAAAUAAAAAUAUUCGAGUUAGUCGCUUGUAUGUUUUGAUCGACAUGAGCAUGACUACUGCUGCUCUUCGAUAACGAUAAAGAAACUAGAUGAUGAUGAACUCCAAGCAGCUAUUGUGAUAUCCUCACACACUUCUUGCAAAAUCAGGCCCGCCUGAGCAGGGGAUCUAGUCGACAGGAAUCUCCCUCGGAUGCCGUUGACGAGGACCUGUUGAACAAAGCGCUGGGUGCCAUAUCCUCAGACAGCACCCCCGCGCUCUCGGACUCCGAGGCGAAAAAGGACAAGUCCUCAGCGCCGGACGCAGUUGCGCCCGGAUUGAGCAAAGCCAGCAGCAGCUCCGCAAAAGACCGAAGUUCGGUGCCAGAGGCUGAGGUACUUACUACAGAAUCAGAAAUAUUGCAGAGGGACUGAAUCCGCCAUGGCCAAGGCCAUGCCAUCAGAAGAUCUAGGUGCGGGGCUGCGCAAGAACUUGCUCGCUGCUCUUGUCUACGUUGAUCUUCCUUGCAAAUGUUGCUUUUCUUGAAGAAGAAGAAAAUCCAAAAUGACAAUGAGAUUGUUUGAAAAUAAACCUGCAGGGUGUCUCCAAGGAGGCGUCGCCGGCGGCAGAAGAGGUCGAGUCUGACGUAAUUGAAGAAGACAUAAGUGUAGACGACGCGUACGACGAACCUCUUGUGUCCAGGGUCGUCGUCUUGGAGGAGCCCGCAAUUCCCGAACAGCAAACCACAGCCCCGCAGCAACCCUCACCCACCGGAUCAUCGCCGCCCGCAGCGCGACCAGUCGAACAAGCCCGCACCUCUGCCACGGCAGCGCUGAUCGCCGGCAUGGCGAGCGAAGACGAAAUUUCCAUAAAGGAGCUGGACGUGAGCGGGGACCUUGGCUAUCACGAAAACAACGCGGACCUGUGGGAGGAGGUCACCAGUCCGCUGAAGCAGGAGCAGACGAGCAGUUCCGACAACGAGCAAGGGCUGGUCGACCGCCCGCAGGGGAGCUUGGGGAAGCCGUUCGAUGACUACCCGGCGAUCGAGAGCGACAGCUCGCAUCUGAUGAACAACAUGGAUUCCUCCACCGCAACUGUGGUGACGGUGCUGCAGCCGGUGCCCUCGCGCGACCGCAGGACUUUGCGGGACAUGCUGGGGCCGCUGGGUGGGGAUUCGACUUCGAGCUCCUCCUCCGAGGACAUUCUGUCCGCGCGGGCGCGGGGCUCUGCGGAAGUAGUCGGAGUCGAGUUGCAGUUACCAGAAGACCACAGUGCGGAAAUCUCGUCCAGUAGGAGGUCGACCCCCCCUGCUGCGACAGGUGGAGAAAGCCCGCCGGCCGACCGGCUCGCAGCCUGCAUCGAGGACGUCGUGCGGGACAUCUACGAACAAGUGUGGCAGGACGUGGAUCGUACGAACGUUUUGAAAAGCUUGUGCUUGUCGUCGUCAUCUCCAGCUGGAACGAGCACGAUUUUGAGUCACCCGCAGCUUCACCAGCCAAUAAGUACGGACAUGUUGUCCCUGCAGGCCCAGGCCACGGCGUCUUCGCAAAUUUUAGGACAUCCAUUCCUGUCCAGUGCAGAACAGGAACACCAAGCGUCUUUGGUACAACAGCAGCACUUCCAGCAAGAGGAGGAUCCGUCUAGCUAUUCGCCUCGCAGACGGACGGUGCACGACGUGAAAAACCUGGUCAGUGAGUUUGUUGACGCAGUGCGGGAGUUACACGAAAACUACCCGGACAGUAGCAUGUACAUGCCUGCGGACCUCACGAAGUUUCUCACCGCGGACGACUUGACGGAGCGGCUGGAGCAGAAAUUCCCCGCACUCUUUCGCAAACUCUGUUGUAGCUUGAGUGCAAACAUCAGCUUGACGGGCGGGGCGAUUGAAAUUUUGAAGCCCAGCGGCGCUGCGGCUUCCGGAGCCGAGCCGCUAUCCGCGGAGGAAGAGAUGUUCCCGCAGCUCAACUGCCUGGAGUUGUUGGUUGACACGUUCUACGAGCUGGCGCGCGACCAGAAGUACGUGCGCGAGCAAUUGCUCGACCGACAGCAGUCGCAACGCUGGAAAACCGGCGUCGGCGUGUCGCCCCUCUAUUCCCUGAAAAUGCAGAACCAGAAACCGCCGACCUGGCAACAGUUCACGCAAUUGCUGUGCGACGAGUGCCUGCGCUUCUGCAUCAACGCGCCACACUUGGGGAACCAGGGAAAUACUGGCGGUACUUUCAUCUGAUGACUUUGUAUGACGUCCAUACGUAGAUUCAAUCUUCGUUUCUGGGGGGUUCUCUUUUCAAAGUCGGACGACAGCACGCUACAUUUUUCGAGAUUGUGAAAUUUUUGUUUUUCUCGAAAUCGAAAACAUCAUCAACAGCGCGCGACGAUACGACUGUGGAGUACCAUUUUCCGAUGCAAGAGGAAGACCUGGAUCGCCUGCUAUUUGCCGAGAUCAAGGAGGAGGAGAAGAACUGGCUGCACGUGGACACAGAGAUUGUGCAAGUGAAGCACCAGCUGGCGGACGACUUAUUCGAAGACUUGUUGGGCGAAUGCGUUCUAGAUCUCGUGCGCAUCUUCAAGGGACCAGAGGAACUCAUCCCGGCCCAGGAGUCGAGUUCCGCCGGUGCUGACUCCCUGUCCAUUUCCAGGCUCAACAUCAACUGA